AUGGCAGAAGGCGCCAGCGAGGGCGUCCUGCCCACAAUGCGCUUUUUUUUUCCGGAUGAUGGAGUAGCGCCGUCAAUGGCUGAUGGCUCUUUUGUUUCUCUUCCGGCCUCGUGGAGCGUUGAGUCGGCCGCCGGCACCGAAAACAGAUACGCAGCGCCGCCGCAACCGCAGAGGCUAGAGGCAGUUAGGGAAGCUGUGGCCGAGUCAGUACGUGACGAGGCGACUCACACCGUUGCACGAUCCGGUGCGACGCUGACGGUCGUGGCGUCUGGUCCGACACACAUUGCUCCCGUGGAUCGAACGCCCGUGAAGAGUGUGCCCUGCGAGAACGCCUCCUCAUCGGCGAUGGAGCACGAGUGCUCAUUGGCAGAAGCUCUUGCCGCAGCGCCAUCUUCGUUGGGCCUGCUCUCGGACGAGGAGUCCCAGCGCACAGCUGCGCCACUUUCGCGCUUCAGCGACGCUGAAGAGACGAAGCCAGAUGACAUGCCAGGCAGGUUUGUGGCGGAUCAUUCUUACCCGCAACCGGAAUUGCUUGACGGCAGCAUUGCACGAGGCGUGGCCGAGGUGGAAGCAAUGGUCACCCUGACCCACAGUCGGCAACCCUCACAGCGUGUACCUCCCGCCUCGCUGCCGCACUCUUCGCAUCUGCCAGACGGAGCUCCGGCAGCCGCAGUGGUUCCUGCAACGCCAUCAUUGCCUAGGAAGCCACCAACACCCCUGACGCCGCCGCCAUCUGUGCCGUGUCGCCCAGAGGCCCCCUUACCGAUCAGGAUGCCUGGCAGCGACGCUACUAGUGUGGCCCUGCGCAAAGCUAUCGAAGAAGCCGAGGAAAUAUGGACACAUGGGCUCGACACGGAGUGCAUUUCCAAUCCUGAGGGCCGCAGCGCGGAGACGGGCAUGUCAUCUAUCAGCACCACGUCAUCUUCUUCCUCCGACGCGGUCUUUUUUGCAGAGGUGACUCAGCUGCAGCAGCAGGCGGCACGACUAACGGAAGACUCUGCCCGAUCCGCCGCCUCUCUUCAAGCGCUAACGAGCGGCCUGCUUCGCAUCCUCGGCCCACAUGCAGCACUCUCAAGUCUCGUGGGAGAGCAGUACUCGAAGACACCUCUAGUGCAUCUGCCGUGGUUCCUGAUUGCAGUACUCGAGGGAUUGUUGAACAACAACGCAGACGCAGACGAUGAGGGCGGUGCCGCAUUGAAGCAGGUAGAGGUGGCGGAAAAGCAACCGGUGUCACCGCGUCCCUGCAGCGAUGCUGCUGAGAUUGGCAGCAGCGGUGGCCAUGCCGUUUGA